UCCGCCUCGGGGCAGUCUCGAGCCCGGGGCGCCGAGCGCCUCCAGUCCCCAACGCGUCGCGGGCUGCUGGGCUCCGCUGCGGCUCUUGGGCCGGGAAAUGACCCUGCCCGGGGGCCCGACGGGCAUGGCGCGUCCGGGAGGCGCGGGACCCUGCAGCCCCGGGCUGGAGCGGGCCCCGCGCCGGAGUGUCGGGGAGCUGCGCCUGCUCUUCGAGGCGCGCUGCGCCGCGGUCGCUGCAGCCGCUGCAGCAGCGGAGCCCCGGGCUCGUGGGGCCAAGCGGCGUGGGGGACAGGUCCCCAACGGGCUUCCGCGGGCUUCCCCUGCGCCGGUGAUCCCGCAGCUGACAGUGACAGCCGAGGAGCCGGACAUACCCCCGGCCAGUCCCGGGCCGCCGGAGCCGGAGGGUGGCAGGCUCCCGGCCGUGGGCUCAUCGCACCUGCAGCAGCCGCGCCGCCUCUCCACCUCGUCCCUCUCCUCCACUGGCUCCUCGUCGCUGCCCGAGGACUCGGAGGACGAUCUGCUGAGCGACAGCGAGAGCCGGAGCCGCGGCAACGUGCAGCUGGAAGCCGGCGAAGUCGUGGGUCAGAAAAGCCACUGGCAGAAGAUCCGGACCAUGGUGAAUCUGCCGGUCAUGAGCCCUUUCAAGAAGCGUUAUGCCUGGGUGCAGCUGGCUGGGCAUACGGGGAGUUUCAAGGCGGCGGGCACCAGCGGGCUGAUCCUGAAGCGCAGCUCGGAACAGGAGCGUUACUGCUUAGCGCGGCUGAUGGCCGACUCGCUGCGCGGUUGCGUGCCCGCCUUCCACGGCGUGGUGGAGCGCGACGGCGAGAGCUACCUGCAGUUGCAGGACCUGCUCCACGGCUUCGAUGGCCCAUGCGUGCUUGACUGCAAGAUGGGCAUCAGGACUUACCUGGAAGAGGAGCUGGCCAAAGCCCGAGAGCGGCCCAAGUUGAGGAAGGAUAUGUACAAGAAGAUGCUGGCCGUGGACCCCGCGGCGCCCACUGAGGAGGAGCACGCGCAGCGCGCCGUCACCAAGCCGCGCUACAUGCAGUGGCGAGAAGGCAUCAGCUCCAGCACCACGCUCGGCUUCCGCAUCGAGGGUAUAAAGAAAGCAGACGGAUCCUGCAGCACCGACUUCAAGACCACGCGAAGCCGGGAGCAGGUGAUUCGGGUCUUUGAGGAGUUCGUGCAAGGGGAUGCGGAAGUGCUGAGGAGGUAUCUGAAUCGCCUGCAGCAGAUCCGGGACACCCUGGAGGUCUCUGAGUUCUUCAGGAGACACGAGGUGAUCGGCAGCUCACUGCUCUUCGUGCACGAUCACUGCCAUCGCGCCGGCGUGUGGCUCAUCGACUUCGGCAAGACCACGCCCCUGCCGGACGGCGAGACGCUGGACCAUCGAAGGCCCUGGGAGGAGGGCAACCGCGAGGACGGCUAUUUGCUGGGGCUGGACAAUCUCAUUGGCAUCCUGGCCAGCCUGGCCGAGAGAUGAGGCUAGGCCGCUGUCCCCGCACAGACCGCCGGUCUGGCAGAAGGACCUGCGUCUUUGUCCCCGCCAUGCAUGCCGGGGAGAGACUGAAACCCAGAGGCUGGGGCGGUUCACAGGUUCCUGUAGGGCCAGGUGCCAGACACUAUGGGACGCACUGUAGGCACCAAGGCUGUUCCCCAUACAAACCCAAGUGGUCCCAGAGCCAGAGCCGAUGACACUAAUUUAUGCGGGAGGGUGGGGGUGGGAUGUAGGCUGUGACGACUGUGACGACGGGCUUCGUCCUCAUCCCAGCUCUUCUGAGGGGCUCUAUGCUUCUCCAGAGAGGCCAGAAAAUUAAUUUUAUUUUGCAAGCAUUAGAUCUAUUGAUCUGAACUCCCACACUACGAUGGACCCCCCUUCUCAAUAAAGCUCACAAACACCA